GAACGGAUUAGGGAAUAUAAACCUUAUAAAACUCGGUACUAUACACACAAGAAUAUAUUAGUAUUAUCAUCAAAUCACAUGAUUAUUACUUAUUUCUGGCCUGUGUGAUCUUUCUUCUGAUCACUUUUGGAGAGAAAACUAGAGCAACUUGAAUGCCUCCACUGCUGGAAUAUCCACCAACCUAGAAUGCCUGCUUCAGAUGUUCACAUUAUCUGCAUAAUACUGUAGAUGGAAUGCUCUGCCAGGAUCCCUCCAUCAGUAUAGAUGGAAGAGCAUCCCAUGGUACAUCAGUAAGUAUCUGCAGGGAUUGGUCUUGCCGUUGCCACAUCAUCUGUUGAGGCAAUCUGAAAUGUGAAAAGGUUAGGGUAGGGAUGGGGGAUUUCCCUCCCUAAGUUACUGGGUUAAACUCUUAUCAACCCUAAUCAGAGACCUAGCGGCCUAAUACUGUAUGUGCAACAUUUCUUAUAUGUUUAAAUCAAUAUAAGUAUGGCCUGUUGAUUGGGCACAAUAAUCUUCACAAAAUGAUAGUUGUGGUUUAAUGCUUUUAAAUUACAUUUUUGAUUAUUUGAUUAUUUUAUUUAGAAGGAUAGGUGGCAUACAUAAUCCAUAUAUACUAUAUGCUGUGGCCUUCAAUCAUUGUAUUACUUUAUACAGAGAUUGGAGCAGACCUUAAGCAAGAAGAUGCAGACCAAAGAGACCUGGAAAUACAAAAACGAAUAGAAAAAAUGCAGGCUAAACUCUUGUUUCAGGCUGAAACAGCAAAAGAAGAUGCAGUAGAAGAUGCUCUCAGUCGUGCUGAUGCUCUACACAAGAAAGAUAUUGAAGUUCUUAAAAGGAAACAUGAACAAAUAUUAGAAGAAACUGUGAAGAAAACAAGGGCAGAAAUGUUGCAGCACUUGGAACUGGAGCUGAAGAGAGAAUCAGAAGCUGCUGAGCAGAGGAACAGUCACAAACUUCAGCGGAUCAUGCUACAGCUUUCUGUGGAAAAAAUGGCAACUGUAUCUGAAGCAAGACAGGAUGAGAGACACAAGAUAGCUGUACUUCUUAGCAAGCAAGAAAAGAAAUAUUUGGAGCAAAUUCACCAGGCUGGGAUAAUUGCUAAUGAAAUUUAUCAGAAGAACCUGCAACAGUUAGCCUGGGAGAAAAAACAUGAAUUAGAAACUGCCUUUAAGGUCUCCCAAAAAGAGUUUGAGGAAGAAGCUAAGAAACUGCUUGAAAAUGCUGAAAAUGUUCGCGAGGCUCAGCUUGAAGAGGUGAACAACGAAGUGAACAGGAAAUAUGGUGAGAUCCUGUCUCUGAACCAGCAGCUGGAAUACAUGACAGCCUGGAAAGACAGCCUGGAAGCUGAAAUAUUAGAAACCAGGGAAGCAUUUCAGAAAUACAUUAACCUCACAUUUCCCCAGCUUGCCCCAGGGCAAGCAGAUUUCAUCUUACCAUUCCGAAAAACAUCUGCAUUCACAGAGUCUCGUGUAGAACAGUAAGAUCAAUAUCCAUCAGGAAAGACCCACUGGGGAGUUGCCUGUUGCUCCAGAGAUGCCAAUAUGCCAUAAGGGGAUGCUCAGGUGCUGGGAAGAAAGAAAUAAAUCCUCUGUAGAAUUAACAUAUGGCUGUAAGUGAGAGAACUAAUGUGCUUCCUAUCUUAUUCGUGGGCCAAGAACAAACCAAUGCGGCAGAAUUAGAUCUAUAGCCUUGAGGUUAAGUAUGUGUAAAGAGCAGGGGAGAUGAAGGCAGUUUGAUAUAGAAAAUUCUGAUUUUGGUAUAUACAGACAUCAGUUCUGUCAACAGGAAGUUCAUACUGUUUUGGAAACCUGUAAAAUCUGAUCACAGCUGACAGACAAGAAAUGUAUGUAUGUACAUCAUGGGAAGCAGUGUCAGCUUCACUCAUUUUCAUAACUGCUUUAGUUUACUACCUCACAUGAGUUUUAAAUUGCUGAUACUUUGGGUUAAAUAAUAUCUGUGCUAUUAUAUAAUCUGAUUUUUUUAAGGUUAUCUGUACCUAGUCCAUAAACUGCUUUCAACCCUUCUGCAUUCUGUGUAGCUUGUAGAGCAGGGAGGGGGGAACCUACAGGCCUCACGUGCCAUUCUCAAAACCAUUUUUAUGGCCACUGAAUUCCUUCCUGACCCCCCAGGUGUGCAGAAAUUCAGAGGCUAAACCUUUUGUCAUCCAUGAUUGCGAUCAGUACUUUGCUGGAGAAAGUAAUGCUAAAGCCUAUCACACACACACCCCUCCAGAGUUCUUUACAGAGUUGCUAGAAGUAUAAACGCCUCCAUUUUAUGAAAGGAAGGAAGCUAAAUAAAAACAAGUGUCAAAAAUCCAAAAAAGUCAAAUAGCCAAUAAGAUGAUUCAAUAAGAUGUAAUAAUGUUAGCUCCGGGUCUGUCCUGGAUGGUUAAAGCCACCUAGGAUGUGAUCUAUGAUUUCAGCAAAAGGAUAUUUUGUGCACAGCAGUGAGCCUCACUGACACUAGUUGUUGCAUUCUGCACUACCUGUAACAUUUGAGCCACACUCAAGGGCAGUUUUGUAUGAGAGUGUCGCAGUGAUUCAACACCACUGGAUACAUCACUUGGGUAAAGUUAUCCUUUGUCCAAAACAGGGACAGUCACAACUAUUACAAAAACUGAAGCUGGUGGUAGGCACUCUUUAGCCACAGAAAUCAAUUGGGCCUCUAGUGAAAAAGUUGAAUCCAUAAGCAGUCUCAAACAGCAUCUCUGUUCCUGCAGCAGGGAGUACCAUCCCACCCAUGAUCAAUUAAUUGCCAACUCCCAAGUCUGAAACCAGCCACUCGCAGAAUUUCACCCUUAUCAAGACUAACUCUCAGCUCUGUUGUGCUCAAUCUCUCACCACUGAUUGUAGGUAGUGGAUAUGCAUAGUCAAACUAGAUAGAUUUUAAUGGAAAUACAAAUGAUGAUAUCUUGUCCCAAAUG